UAAUCUAUGAUCAAAACCUCCAGUGAAAAAAAUAGAUUAAGUGAAUCACUUGGUCUCACUCAGUAGUCAUGAUAUAGUACAUUCUUAUGAAAGUGUCAUAAAAUUUGGAAUAUAUUUCAUGCUCAGUGGUAAAACCUAUUUGCUAUGCAAUAAAUGCAGAAUGACUAUGUGACAACUGCGCAAACAUAUACGUAUAUUGAUGCCGAAGUUUAGAUUUAUUAUUGACCUUCCAAUCUCAAGGUUGGGUCCAGUAAAAAGUGGACUCUGCACAGUUCGGGUUACAUGCAAGAUGAAGCUGUUAGCCUGAGCUGGUAGAGAAACAUAGAUGAGAUGGCAUUUAGCACCCUUUUCAAGAAAGCCUCCAACCUUCUGGGUUUCUCCUCUCCCACAAAUCUGAAGCCCCCGCCACUGGAUGGUGAGAUUAUCUACUGCAAGAACAAUGUUUGUGUCCACCCGCCGACCUCUCUAACUGCUGACUGGGAGGAGCACCACCAGGGCUACCUCACCCUGCGCUCAACCAAGGACAAGGUAUCAGGGCCAACUUUGAUUCUUACAUGGAUACCAAACUCAACCUUAAGGAAAAAUACAAAAAGCAUAGAGAACAGUCCCAACAGGUCACAUGGCACCACACCAAAAUCCAGCCCCCGCCGGACACCUAGACAGGAGUACUCCAAGUCGGACAACUGUUUGAGUAGUCCAACAACAUCCAUGACUGAUUUGUCUCCCUUAGAUUCCUGUGUGUCGGUUGGGAGUGAUAUGGGAGGGAAGACUGAGGGAGCACAGAAAUGUUACACAGGGAGGAAAUAUAGCAAUGACAGUGUAACAUCUGACCCUUCUCAUGUUUGUUUAGAGUGUAAUAGUUGCAGCGCUACUUCAGAUCAGGAAAAUCAGCGUAAAAUCAGUGAUGCCAGCACCACCAGUGGGAGGUUAGACUCGGGAAUACAUUUUGGGGGUGAUGAAGGGGUGCAGAACAAUGAGAGAUGCGUCUGUAAUGUCUCCAAAGGGAAUAAAAUAGGACAGAAUGUCAAUGAUCUUUAUGCUGAAAGGGUAAGCCAAAUAAACUCGGAGCUGAAUCACUUGACGAAAUUGGCUCUUGCAGAUGAUGCAAAUCAUGAAAAAUCUGAGAACCAAAGACAUGUGAGUAGAGCUAGAACAAUAUCAAAACAGAGUACCAGCUCAAAUAAAUCUGUCAGUAUUGAAAUGGAUGGUGAUAAUAUCUGUAUAACCACGGAGGAUUUAGUUGAUGAAGUAUUAGAGGACAAUAACUGUGACACAGGUGGAAAUUGUGAAAGCAAUCAUUGUUCACAUAGUGAAAAUGAGAUGAAUAAUAAAAACAAUAAUCCUGAGUUAAGACAAAGCAUGUGUAAUGGAGAUGACACAAAUAUGCCAAAAUCUGAUUCAAUAAGCCCACACUCCUCGUCAGUCCCACCCCAUCCCCAGAGUUUGAAACUCAGUGCAAUAAACACCACAGCUGUCCCAAACUAUCUUACUACUCCCGACAUUUCUGUGACAAGAGAGAGAAACCCCUCUGGCUCCUCCACUACGACAUCAGGGCCAGACUCUGAGCCUCCAAGCCCAUAUUCCAGCUCCCCUGAACAGGGAUCUGGCCCUUGGGAACCAGACAUUCAUCUGGAGACUCCUUCGAGCCCAGAGUCACUCUCUUGCAAUCUGCAGUUUCCAGAGAACUCUGUUGGUGGUAAGAGCAAAGGUUCGGAGAAGAAAACUGCGAAGGAACAAGUGUGUGGAGUGUUCUCUGUCGAUCUUGGUCAGAUGCGGUCCCUGCGUGUGUUCUACAGUGAUGCGGACUACAAGGCUGGCCAAAUUGUGAUAGCCAGUCGGGAGAGCCAGUACAAGAUUCUUCACUUUCACCAUGGGGGUCUCGACAAGCUUGCGGAAAUAUUUCAGGACUGGAGUCUAUUCGCUACCAACCAGGAGAAGAAUGAUGGAGAAUACAACUACAAGCAGUUUAUGAUCGUGAAGCCAUCAUUGACGGAGGAUCAGUGUCACCCAGAGGAGGGCGUGUACUCACGCGUGAACGAGGAUGUGUGGAAGACUCACAUGAUGGAUGAUGGUGUCAUCGAGGAUGACUACCUUAUACGCAAGGCAAUCUUCUUUGGUGGGUUGGAGCCCAUAUUGCGACAUGAAGUGUGGCCAUUCUUGCUGCAUUACUUCCCCUUUGAUACAACAUUUGAGGAGAGAGAACAGAUCAGAAAUGAUAAAUUCAUAGAGUACCAAAACAUUAGGAAGAAAAGGGAGUCCUUGAGCCCGGAAGAGCAGGAGGUUUUCUGGCGGAAUGUUCAGUGUACAGUGGAGAAGGAUGUGGUUCGCACUGACCGAUCACACCCCUACUUCCGCGGGGAAAAUAACCCAAACAUUGAUGUUCUUAAGAAUAUCUUGCUGAACUAUGCUGUGGAGAACCCUCACUUUGGUUACACGCAGGGCAUGUCUGACCUGCUGGCUCCCGUGCUUGCCGAGAUCCAGAAGGAGGUUGACGCGUACUGGUGCUUCACUGGCCUCAUGCAGAAGACCAUCUUUGUCUCUUCACCCAAGGACUGUGACAUGGACAGACAACUGCUGUACCUGCGUGAGUUAUUACACCUGAUGCAGCCCCGGUUCUACGAGCACCUGCAGCAUCUUGGACAGGAUGCCAUGGAACUACUGUUUGCUCACAGGUGGAUUCUGCUGUGUUUCAAGCGUGAGUUCCCAGAGAAGGGUGCCCUGCGUAUCUGGGAGUCAUGCUGGGCCCACUACCAGACAGACUACUUCCAUCUGUUUAUCUGCGUGGCGAUUGUGGCCAUUUACGGGGAGGACAUAGUUGAGCAGUGCCUCCCUGCAGACGAAAUCCUUCUACACUUCAGUAGUCUCGCCUGCCACAUGAACGGAGACCUUGUACUUAGAAAGGCACGAGGCUUGUUGAACGAGUACCGUCGUAGGCCAAUGAUUCCGUGCACUCUGCAUGGACUGUGUUCCCAGUGUGGCCAGGGUAUGUGGGACUCAGGGCACGUGCCUACGGUGAAGUGUGUGGGCAGCCAUCUUCAUGGGGAAUGUCCAUACCUUGCCUCACCCCACAGCUCACCCGGAGAUUAGGUUGCCACUGUCUUGGAUGUAAAAGUUGAUUCACGUACCAAACAAUCUGGGCCUUAUAUGCAAUAUGUGAAGCUUUUGCUAACCAGCAUCAGCAGUGUCUAGUUUAUUGACCUGGCCCCAAUUUCUCGAAACUUCUUAAGCUUAACAGGCUUAAGUCGCUUAUUUCAAUUAGCCAAAAUACAUACUUUAAUUGAGCUUUGAUAAAUGAAAAAUGGUUUAAUGUAAUUAACAUAUAGAUAAUUCCUAUCUAAAGUAUAAAAACUUUCAAAGAAGUAAAUAUCAUACAAAUUAAUUAAAAACAAAAAUAGUGAGUUUAGCUUAAUCCUGUUAUAAGGGACUUAAGAAGUUUCGAGAAAUUGGGGCCAGACUACCAGUAGAUGUUCAGAUUUGAACAUGUGUGGGAUGUUAUAUCACAAUGAAGCUUGAAGCACUGAACCCGUACUCUACUGUGUUGUGUUGGUUGUACAGUGCAGUUGAGACAAAAAUAACAACACUUAUGAAUUAAUGUCCUAUGAUUGUGUUCAUUAAGUUUUUAAAAUGGUAGUUAGAUCUCCUGAGAUGUUGUUAAAACUUGGGAGAUGGAAGAAUUUACAAGAAUAUUAACUGCAAGAACUCUAUUUAACAAACACUUGAUUUUGAACAGUGUCAUAAUGAUUUUUUCACCUACUGGGAAUGUACCAGUAACAAAAUAUUAGUGUCUUUUCAGUUUAUAUAGAAAAAAAUGUUAUAAUAAAAUUGUAUAUUUUGUUCUAAAUUUAAAACAAAACAUAAACUGGAGAGAGCUAAAAAAUCCCAUGACCAGAAGCAAUCAAGAUUUAAAUAACUGUUCAGACCUACCCUGGUAUACAGCUUUAUUGUUUAGAUUCUUCUUUCAAGGGUAGGAUUACUGUAGGAAUGUUUGUGUACAUAACCUAAGUGUGAGUCAAAAUAUAUUUUGAUCAAUUUUUGGGGUUUCUGUGUCAUUUGCAAUGAGAUUUAUAUGCAAAUUCCCAUACUUUCUUUAAUUCAUUUGUCCAUGUCUUAAAGUCAGAAAGAUGUGUAAAAAUGUACUGGUGUUCAAAUGGGUGCUCAUUGUAGUUUAGACAAUUCAUAGCCAGUCUUCCUAAAAUGUAAAAUGCAAAAUAAGUUUAAUUUUAAUAUUAUGCAUAAAUGCUCAUAAUUAUAUCAAAACAAAGAUUCAUUUACAUAUAUACAAUUAUUUUAUCAUUAACUGUUUUUAAAUCUUCAGGUACUAUGUCAGGACUUGUGGUAAGCACAGUUCCAAAUUCCAAAUCGUAACCCAGUUUUUCCUGCAUCUUAACCAAAUACCACAAAUGUCUGUGACUUAAGCAUCUGUAUUGAUAAAACUUUGACACAAUAAUUGGGUAUUAUAGUCUUAUUGGAAUUUUAUCAAAAGAUCAGUUAUUGAUGCAGGACCUGAAACAUAACUGGGGCAUUUUCUCCAGGGCAUGAUAUUAUUAUGUACCAAACUGAUUCUAUGAUUACCUAGCAGGGAAAAAACCGAAGGCAGUAGAUAAACAAAUCUUAAACAGAACACUCAAUUUGCAAUAAUGUCCCUUUGUCCGUUGAUAGCAGACUUCAACAAAGACAAUCAUAAAGAAAAGAAUCAUAUACUUGUAUGUACGAUCAAACGUCUAGAAAGAACUUCUCCCCUGUACACAACAGUACGUCAUGACUCCGAUCUUUAUAACUUUAUCUCUCUAACUGCAGAUAAUCAUAUUUAUUUCUUUAAUUUAGAUUCUGCUAAAUGUUUUAUUAAAUUUUAAGUCUGAAAACGUCCCUGCACUAUGACACUUAACGUAGAAUUAUUUUGGCAUGGCCUUAUGUGUACGUAGUAAGUGUAUGUUAAGACAUUAUCUUGAGGCCUGAAUUUGCAAUUGUAAUUUGUACAUUAUGUAUUGUAUAUUUUCUUAUCACAUGAAUAGACAUGAUAACCUAUAUAGAAGAGUGGAUCUGCACUUGUUUAAGUAGAUGGUUGUUUGGAUGUUAGAUAAUGAUUUGUCCUUGAUGACAUUGACAACAUUGUUUUUGUAAUAAUCGGUCCUUGAUGACAUUGUAUUUGUACCUUUUCAUGCAAUAGUCAACGACAUAAUGUCUUACUGAAAUUGUAAAUAUCUAUAUAGGCUAUUCGCUUUGUCUGUGCUAGUUAUCAAUUGAUUGCAAUGUUUAUGUAUUCUAAUCUUAAAUGCUGUGGUAUCGUUAAAAAAUUGUUUCAUGUUUUACUCCAUGCAAUAUAGUUGCAAUAUACAUGUACAGUACAUUAUUAAAAUUGUGUUCAGAACAGGCAUUUAGAUUGUGAAUAUUUAUUAAGAUUUUUUUGUCUUUAUAAAUAAACAAUAUAUUGAUUUCAAUUGUAAAAUAAUUGUAUUUAGUUGUACAUAAAGUUUGUUUUUAUAUGAUAUUGAAAAAGCCAAGAGGUAAAUGUCAGUUAUAAUCUCAGAAACUGAUAACAAUACACGUAUGUUAAGUUUUUCCUUACUGGGUGGUUUGUGCAAGCAGGUGAACUACUACAUGCCUGUAUUUCCUGCUGUUUUUGAAGUCAUUGCUCCUACUGUAGUUGGGUGUAACAGUCUUAGGUGCAUGUAGUGACACCAGUUAAUGAUCCAUAUUCUAGAGGAAAAUCAAAGAACAUACGAAUGUUUUUUGUAGUGCUUUAUUUCAUCGAUAUAUCUGCCAUUAUGUUGUUGCCAUUAAAAUUUUAUUUUUUUAAUAGGAAGUUUCUUGAAUUCUAGGUCAAUUUUAUAAGCCAGUAAGGAGGCUAUACAUGUUAAUGAUAUUGGCCUAUCUAUGGUAUGUAUUUAUGCCAGUGCUAUUCCUAAUACCCAGUCCUGUGAUCUAUAACGUUGGUAUUAUUAUGUUGUUGAUUGUUCACAUGAAGUUUUAAAACAAAAAAAUGCUUAUCAAUAACUGUAUAUAUAAUACGGUAAUGUAUCAAGUCAAAUCAGUUCUUAGAUAUUUCAAUGGUCUAAAUGAUAAAAUACAAACGGAAUAUAACUGUUCUCUUAGAUGUAGAUUUUCUUUGUAUUAUUUCUAUAAAAAAGAUUCAACAUAAUAGAAUAGGACUCAGUCUGGGGAAUAGUAACAGCUGUGUUUUACCAGUGUUCGUACCUAGUGCUCCCAGCCUGUGGUUGCAUCAAGGGCUGUGCAAUAGUUGUAUCAUACUCUUAGUAUUCUAGCGGUUGUUAAACUUGUUCUUAACUUUUCAUGUUUAGUUCAUUUUGAUCUCUGCAUACAUUCCAUCAUUGAAAUUAAUCAUAGCAUAGUUAAAAAAUACAUGCAAUCACAAACUAUUUAUAAACAUGGUUCGUUGGAUCUAUUGAAAAAAUCAGCUCCCUGAAUUUUCAGAGUUCAGUUUGUGCACAUUUUUUCAUAACAGUUCCUAUUAAAACUGCUGAGUCUAAUGACCCCACUUAUCUUUAUCCACCAUGAUAUGUUUAUUCUCUGUCCACAAUAUUGACAUUUUUGUUUUCUAACUCUAUUUACAGUCAUAUACCUCGUUUUUGGACAAAAUUACUUGAAAUAAUAAUGAAAUUGCUGUAUCAGUAGUACAGGAACAAUGUUAACUCCUCACAGGGCAAAACUCACCAUUUGAAUUAGCUACGGCUAUUAAGCAUGCUAUGACAUGCAACAAACAAGCAUUCAUUAUUUUGUCAUUGUGAACAUUUGUACCAAGCUUCAUCAAGUAAAUAUUGGAAUGAUUUUUGAGGUAUGGGCAUAAAAUGUUUGCAUGAAGCAACCACCGAGUGACACCCAAAGCUAUGAUAGUACCUCUCUCCUAUCUUUGUAAAUCAUUAACUUAUAUACUUCAUUUCAUCAGCUAUUGUUGUUAGAUUGUUUGCAUAAUUUGUUUUACAACACUGUUGUCCUACCUGUACACCAACUGUUAUUGUUUAUUUGAUAUUAUUUAUCUAUACACUUGUCGUCUUUCAAGUCUGGUGAUAUUGUCCGUGUACCUUGCACAUAUCAAUGAAUUGGCCCACCUUGGGGGCGCAGUCAGCUGGUAAGGGGCUCAAGACAGGAGGUGAUUCCAAACAGGCAAAAUUUCAACAAGCUUGGCAAGACUGCCACCCAUGAAAUAUUCGUAGCCAGAUUUUUUUCAAAGGAUAUUUGAUGCUUGGAACACCUUUGACCAAAUGGGAAUUUCUCUGCCUCAGGGGGUGGGAAAAUGUGUUUUUUUUAAUCCCCUGGGAGUGCCCACCCCAGGUGGGGCAAUUCAUUGAUAGGUGUAUCUAUUGUAUUUACCGGUAUUGUCUGUUUUUCUGUUGUCAUUCCUUCAUUAUGUAUAAAAUGUGUGGUGCGGUAAUUUUAGUUUGUAAAUAAUGCCAAAUAUUGUCCUCUUCAUUUUGAAAAAAUAUAUUCAUUAUAGUAAAUGCCAUUUAUGAUUGUGGUUAUCAUACACAUUUUUAGCUCACUAUAGAUUGGUUUAGAUAAUAAUAUAUUAAGAAAUACUCCUGUUUAGAUAUUUGAAGUUGUUACCCAUCUCCUGUGACAUAGAGCACUGUCUUUGUCAGUUAAUUAUAAUAACUUCUUCUUUUACAUGCGCAUUAUGGCUGCAAAACAUUUCAACUUGAUUUUGUUCAAAUUAUAAAAUUUAACUGUGUUAAAAUGAUGAUGUUGACUGUUGAGCAUGAAUAUCAUACCAGGCAUGCUCGUAAGGUGUUCUAGAUUUGAACAUAUUCAUUCAUUGUAUUAAGGUAUCUGAUGGUCAUAUAAGGCCAAAAAUAAUAAACCUUUGUUUCCACUAGCAUCUUAAAAAUUAAUAGGGGAGUUAGGUCGGCAUAACUUUUGAUAACUCAGAUUUUCUACUUAAUCCACCUAUAUUGGGGUAUAGAUUGUAAAUAAUUUUGAAUAUGGAAUGGUAUUUUCUGUAUGUUCACUCCUAUAAAUUUGUUAACGGUAUAUAGGAAAUUACUAAAGAAGUCCACAAAGCGAUCAAAGCGCAUUUUUUAUUAUUAAAGUUGGGAGGAAAAAAAUGGUCGGUUUGGUAAGUGGAAACAAAGAUUUUUUACUUUAUGACUAAGUUUGUAUGGAUCCAUUCAUAAUAAAUUCAAUUUUGGUGCCCGUGAACCCUUAUAAUCUUGGUAUCGUUUGAAAGUAUUUGACAAACUGAUUCCAUCCCCAUGUGGAUGUGAAAUAAAUGUCUGAAAAAACAACAAAACAUCAAAAUAAAUUUACAGUAUUUUUCAACGGAGAACACAUAAAAUGGCCUAUUUUUCAGGCCAGGUAUGUUUUCAAUACUCUCUUUUUAUUUAUAAGACCCUUUUAAACGAUACCAAAAUAAUACUAGGUCAUCAGGCAUGUAAAUUCACUGGAUACCUUAUAAUGAGUGCUUGCAUUACAGUGACGAUGGACAUGAAUGUUAUUGUAAUUAGAUUAUUUAUGUAUCAAUAGAUCUGGGUGUAAGAAAGGGAAUAAAACAGCCAAACUAA